CUUAAAAAGGAAUAAAUGCAUCAGUGGAGUAUGGUUGCAAAUAGGAUAUCUGACUGUGAAUACAUCAAAAAGGUCAACAUGACAUAGAAAUAAAACUAAAACUCAAGUCAAAACUGCAAAAAGUUAAAAUAUUGCUUGUAUCUGUUUCUAAACAGACCCUUGGGUCAGUGAAUACCUAAACUUUGGAUAUGAUGGCCAACAAGAUUAAGGGCUUGGUGUCAAGGAAUAAACGGAGAUACCAAGAGGAUGGCUUUGAUCUAGAUUUAACAUAUAUAAGACCUAACUUGAUAGCUAUGGGCUUUCCAGCAGAGAAGUUAGAGGGAGUCUAUCGGAACCAUAUAGAAGAUGUGGUCAGAUUUUUAGAACAGAAGCACAAAGAUCAUUAUAAAGUCUACAAUUUAUGUUCAGAAAGAGAGUACGACGAGACGAAAUUCCACUCUCGCGUAGCAAAAUAUGCAUUUGAUGACCAUCACCCUCCUCAACUUGAGUUAAUCCCUUCAUUUUGUGAAGAUGUCGACAAAUGGCUACGUAAAGAUGAGAAAAAUGUGGCCGCCAUACAUUGUAAAGCUGGAAAAGGCCGAACAGGUGUGAUGAUCUGUGCGUAUCUGCUGCAUCGGGGAAAGUUCCAGGAUGUCGAUGAAGUUCUUCAGUUUUAUGGCGUGGCAAGGACGAGAGAUGAAAAAGGUGUGACUAUACCCAGUCAGCGACGCUAUGUGCAGUACUAUGGACAAUUAAUAAAACAUAACUUAACAUACCAUUGUGUACCCCUGCUACUACAGGCUAUCAAGUUUGAAACUCUGCCGUUGUAUAACAGUGGAACCUGCAACCCAUUAUUCACGAUGCAUCAGUCAAAGGUCAAGACUUACACCUCACCAGUAUAUGAAACGCCCAAAAAAGGAAAAGAGCUUAUGAUGACGUUAGACAAACCCACUGUCACAUGUGGCGAUAUCAUGGUUGAAUUUUUUAAUAAGCCAAAAAGGCCAGGGAAAAAGGAAAAGAUGUUGCAUUUCUGGUUCAAUACGUUCUUCGUGAGGGAGAAGGAACAACUGCGUCAAUUAAACGGCAGUCAGGAGCCGAAUGGUGACUCCAUCUAUUUGAGCUCAGGGGAAUAUUUAACACUGACUAUACCUAAAGAGGAACUAGACAAAGCCAGUAAAGAUAAGGCACACAAAUUGUUUAGUCCAAAUUUUAAAGUUAAAUUAUAUUUUACAAAAACAGACAGCAGCACAACCUCCACAAUGUUUAGCUCAUCAUCCAGUCAUCCUAUAACAUCAUCAUCGCAAGCAUCAAUACAGUCUAAUGCCUCCUUAGCCUCUGGGGAGAGGCGUGGGGGUGGGGGCUUUCUCGCGUGUCCCCAGGAUAGUAGAGAGAGCGGACUCUCAGACAGUGAUGACCAAUUAUCAGACGGUGAUGACACUGAUACAGACGAUGAAGAAUGGCGGGAUUUUGAAGUGACGCAUGUAUGACCACACUCGGGUCGAAAAUCAGUCAAGCGUCGUUCAGUUAAAAGCCAAUAUGUAGUUUGUGAUUACGUCAGUAGUGUCUGAUAUGAAAUGAAUAUGGAUCAGGGAUCACACCAAUGGAGUGUGAAGCUUUGCUCACACCAAAAUGGGAUCACACCUGUUUAGUGUGGAUCAGUCAUGCACACCUAUGUUAUCAAAAGUGUGUAUCAGGGUCACAUCAGUACAUUCAUUUGUAUAUGCUCACACCAAUGUAGUGUGAAUGAGGGCCCACACCAAUGUAGUAUGGACCAAUAAUGUGUGAUCAGUAACACUCCGUAUGUCAGGAUAACACCAGCUGUGUUGGAUCAGUUUGAAUACAAUUCUGUGGAAAUUAGUGUACAUCUCUGAUUAGCGACAGUGAUUGUCAGCCACUUAAUUGCCAGAAAUGCAACUGUCGAAUGCAUCUAGUUCAAGAAAUGGAAUCAUGUCAAACAUAUAAAAGCACCAAGAGCUGAAUUAUUGGCCUGUAUGGAUUGGAAAUAUAAGCCAAAAGGGAGUUUU